GAUAAGAAAAGCACAUCGAGUGACACCGAGAUAUAUUUACAUGUAAGGCAGCUAAGACCCAGAGGUUAUCACUGAGACCCUACUGUCUGAUAAAAGAUUAUUUUCCACAGGAAAAUUCUUGGCACAUGGCUUGUAUUAACCUGUGUUUUAGUAUAUACUAGUUUUUCCACAUCUGAUUGUUUUGUUUGUGUAUAUACAGUUGGGGGCCAGAAAUAGAAGGGGGAAAAAAGAAUAGUAAGGGGUGAAAAUAUCAUCAGCUGUGUUUGUUUAUUAGUUCGGGAUCAUCAUAGUGAAAUUGGAGACCUGUGGAUGAAAUAUACGUGGCUGUGAAAUAUGAUUUUUCUGCAGACCAUGCUUUUGAUUGUCUUACCAUCAUAGCGAACUGCUUCCAAGAAUUUCCUGAUAUCUUUAUUUUUAGUGUGUGAUAGCAAUCGGCCAACUUUAUUUUUGGUGGGGUACCACAUUGCUUUUUAUACCUCCCUCUGCAGAUAAUUCAAAAUUUGGAGCUGUGCAUGCUUUAUACAUAUGGAUAGCAACACAGAUGCAGACCUUGAAGCAGCUGCCCUUGACCUUGAUGGAGUUUUUCUAAGGGGCUAUCUGGAUUAUGCCUCAUCCUGCAAUGAGUAUCUUUAUGAUGAUUCCUCUGUGAAGAUGGAUCUCAGCUUCGAAGAUUCAAACAGUAAUACCAUGCCCACCAUGGCGAACCCUUACCAUCGACCAAUGGACAUAGGUUCAAAUGACUUGUCCCACAAGGCCCGUAAGAAUAAGGAGGAUAAAUACUGUGGGGUUUGCGGGGACAGGGCACUGGGUUACAACUUCGAUGCUAUUUCCUGUGAGUCUUGUAAGGCCUUCUUCAGGAGGAAUGCUCCUAAAGGACUGGAAUACUUCAAAUGUCCAUAUGAGGAGAAGUGCAAGAUGGACGUCUCAAAUAGGCGAUUCUGUAAACGAUGUCGCCUGCGAAAGUGCUUCGAGAUCGGGAUGCGGAAGGAGUACAUUCUGACAGAGGAAGAGAAGCUCCGAAAACGUCAGCGGAUCGAGGAGAACAGGUUGAUCCAGAAAGUACGAGAUGUAGACAAGACAAAGACGCAAUCAGGAAUAGUCAGCACAUCAGAGAACAGACUAAGGGCGUUAGAACCUGAUGAGGAGUACAUGAUAAAUGAAGUAGUGGGAGCUUACAGACAAUCUUUGGAGGUGUCCAUUGCUUCAGAACUGCCAAAAGACAAACCGCAAAUGCACAUGAAAGACUUGGUAAAUAUUGCAGAAUUGAGUGUGCGUCGAGUGAUAGACAUGGCCAAGAAAAUCAAAUCAUUUAAGGCAUUGUCACAAACAGAUCAGAUUAGUCUUCUAAAAGGAGGCUCCAUCGAGCUGCUGAUUCUGAGGUCGGUGAUUUCAUUUGACAAGGAGAAGAACUUGUGGUUGGAUCCGCUGGAUAGCGAAGAUCACUCCAUGGACAUGAAGAAUCUACAAGAAGGAGAGGGAGCCACUUUAUUUGCCGAGCAUAUGAAGUUCACCCGGUCGCUAGCCGUCGACCUCAAGGCUGACGAAACCAUGUUGAUUCUCCUGCUUGUUAUAUCGCUGUUCUCACCGGAUAGACCAAACAUUAGUGACAAAUCUUACGUUUGUCAAGAGCAAGAGAAAUAUGCUCUGUUACUUCUAAGAUACCUAGAGUCUAGGUAUUCUCCCUUCACUGUGCGUGCCAUUUACCCCAAACUGUUGAUGAAACUUACAGACAUUCGCGAUCUGAAUGAGGAGCACUCCCACGUUCUUCUGAAGGUCAAUCCGGAGGGGAUUCAGCCUCUGAUGAAGGAGGUCUUAGACAUGAACCUUAAAGACAAUGGUGGCGGCAGCUGUGGAAGUCCUAUGUGAUUGAUGUAGAUAGAUAGAGAUUGGGGGAAUAAACUCAGUUUUAAUGACAUAAAAAAAUUAAUGUCCCAGUGGGCACAUGUUGUGCAAGUAUGAAUGGAUGAAAAUCUAAUUUUCUGCUUGUGUUUUUUUUUUAACUCUAUUAAUGAAUGUAUGAUACUGACAUUUAGAGAAUACAUAAUUUUUUUAGAAUAGAACAUGAUACAGCCACCCAUUUCAGAUGGACGUGUGUGGCGGUGUUAGGUCCGCAAUCAUAGGGCAGUUCUCUACAGCUAAAUUAUCUCAUUCUUUUUUCUUCCUUUGAUUUUUUGUAUGUAACUGAAAAAAAAUGAAUUUCUGAAGAAUUUGAUUUGUUUUUCCCAAGAAAAAUGACAUGCAGAAGGAAUAAAUUGACACUGCUGUUCUGUAUCUCCUGAGUGCUCAACCUGUGUGCUUGUUAGCAUGUGUCUGAAUUUUUUUCUGACUGUAAAUAUUUUAUAGUCUUGCCAGAGUUUAUAGUAUUGCUUAUAAUGGAAUAUUAUAUAUUUUAUUUCUCUGUUUAUGAUUUGUAUUCAUCAUAGUUAAACCACAUAUGUUACAUAGAUGGUCAUUUUUUCUGCAGUGUAUUCAUGUUGGUCAUAACAAUGGGUCGAGCUCUUGACCACAAAGUCUGAUAAUAAUAUACCAG